AUGUGCGCUUCGUUCGCACCUCCCAAGCACUCCGCGGCCUUCACUGUGGGGAAAGCGGGACAAGAUGUCGCUGAGCCCGCUCGCCGGCGAACCUACAGCAGCAACGGGCGUCGAAAUAGAAGCCCGUCGCCCCUAUCCCGAGAGCUGCUAAACGGCGGCAGGAACGCAUUCAGUAGCGAAGACGCCGUCACCCCGCUCUCUACGGCAGGCAGCGGUGGCGGGUAUCAUUUCGGCUCCGGCGAGGGGACCCCAACCCCCCUUUCGAUCAGCCAGUCGCUCAAGGCACGCGGCGGGUACUCCUUCAACGGCGGCGUAGACUCCACCACAAUGCCGGCAGCCUUGCCGCUGGUAUCGCCGACCGGCGACGGAGGGCCGGCUAGCCCCGGGUUUUCCUCCACCGCUGCUUCCGGCGGCACCACCACCGCCACCGCUGGUGUCUCCAACGCCACCGCGGCCGCCAACGCGAUCCCGACCUUCUCCGAGAUAACGCGGGGAGCCAUCGACCGGAACGGCGCCGUCCCUCUCGAACCCUUCGCGAGGGCGCGGGCGUCUCGAUCAGUGGCCCAACGGCGACGUUGCCUCCCGGGGCGAAACAGUCGCGGAACGGCGCCCCCGGCGAAGCCGUCUCGGUGCGAGACCUCUUCUCGGCCGCGGUGCACGACAUGCCGGCGAUCGUCUCCUCGAGGGACGAGCUCGCCGCCGUGA